ACCCACGACGUGAGAAACCGACGGAAGGGACGGGUUCAGAUCACAACUUUUUCGCAGCAGACUGGAAUCCCACUCAGACGCAGACUUGCCAGCAACUCGGUGUGAAGCUUCUGCCUUGACGUUUAGAGCUCCUACUAGCCAACUGUGGUGGAAGUGGCCCCUCCUGGGCAGCCUCUCUAGUGCCUUGGAACAGUGAAAUUAUGAGCAGAUACUGGCGGUUGGUAGAAAAGUUUGUUGAAUGACUGAAUGAUUCAAGCAGGCCCUGGAGAGCCCUGAAAUCAGGUGGCUGGGCUUCUGAGAGUUCAUUUAAUCUGCCGCUGGUGCUGGAGUUAUGAUUGGGCUGAUGGUGGCAGAGAGUGGGAGGCUGGAGGAACCAGUGAAGGCCUCUGUAUAGUGGCAGGCUGCUGACCCGGACACCUGUGUACCAGAAGUGAGUUGGAGCUGCCUGUGCCAUGGACUAUGAGGUCAGCAAUGGCUCAGGCCUCAGGGAUGAGCAUCUCACAGGCUUGCUGGUAUAUGGCUUCCUCCAAAGCUGCUCCAACAGUGGUUUCCAGAGAGAGCUGGAAGAGCUGGGCCAUGAGCCGUUUGUGCGUACUCACCUGCUUGUGCGUACUCACCUGCAUGAGGAACUUGAUGAAGACGAGCUUCAAACUGAUGGUAGCAGGGCCAGCCGCUUCUACGCAGAGAGAAUAGAGGCAGAUUCUGGAAGUCAAGAAGAUGUCAUCCAGAAUUUUGCCAGGCGACUGGCUCAAAUAGGGGACAGUAUGGACCGCAGCAUCCCCCCAAGACUGGUGAAUAAUCUGGUGCAGCAGUUUAGGAAUCCCAGCCUGUCGGAGGAGAACAGAAGGGGGCACCUGGCUGCCGCCUUGGAGCAGGUGAUGCAGACCUGCCCUGCAGACUUGACGGAGGAGAAGGCCACGCUGCUGCUGAUCAUGCUACUGGCCAAAAAGGUGGCCGAUCACACGCCAUCUUUGCUCCCUGUUGUCUUUCGCACGACAGUGAAUUUUAUUAACCGGAACCUGCUCGCCUCUGUGAGGAACUUGGCCAGAAACAUGGACUGAACAGAGGACAGCAGAAGCGUGACUGGCUAAAGCCUGAUGUGGUGACAGCAGUGCAGCUGCCUCCAGUGGAGAUGGAGCCCCGUCCUUGUAGAGAAGACAGGCACUGAACAAUAGCUAUUUAUUUCCCACUAUUUGAAAAUAGUGAUCCAUUUAGAAAUUUCCACAUUAAUAUACUUGAAGGAAAAUGUCAACUUGCACAUACUUGAAUGGGUUUCAUACCAUCUCCUCAGUCUACACAUUGUGCCUUUAUCUCAUUUCAGCUGUUAAUUUUUAGAUAAAGCUAUUUCUUGGUCAAGAAAAUUACAUUUAAAAGCAGGUUUUAAGACAGAAGAACAAAACACAAUGUCUAUUUAUUAAAGUAUACCCUUGGGGGAUGUUCUUACAGCAGGCAGCCUCCCGUCUGAGGAGAGCAGGGGGUGGGGAAGAAGUGCACGAGCUCCUCACAAAGGGAAAAUUACAUUGAAAUCAGAACAUCUUAAUAUAAGGAAGCAACAGUUUUCCUGUUAGAAACCAAAUGGCACAGGGGCCCUGGACUAAACUGCUGUAUCGAACAGUGAGAAGCUCCAGCCUCAUUCCAGGUCAGCCGUUCUCAACCUGUGGGUCACAACCCCUUUGGACUGUAUUAAAGGUU